AUGAAGGAAGAAGUGAAGGGAAUACCUGUAAGAGUGGCACUGCGCUGUCGCCCUCUGGUCCCCAAAGAAAUUAGUGAAGGCUGCCAGACAUGCCUUUCCUUCGUACCAGGGGAGCCACAGGUGGUGGUUGGCACUGAUAAAUCCUUUACCUACGACUUUGUGUUUGAUCCCUCUACUGAGCAGGAAGAAGUCUUCAAUACAGCAGUAGCGCCACUCAUAAAAGGCAUCUUUAAAGGAUACAAUGCAACUGUCUUGGCCUAUGGGCAGACUGGCUCUGGGAAGACCUAUUCAAUGGGAGGUGCAUACACUGCAGCACAAGAGAAUGAACCAACAGUUGGAGUCAUUCCUAGGGUAAUACAACUGCUUUUCAGAGAAAUUGAUAAAAAAAGUGACUCUGAAUUUACUCUGAAAGUAUCUUAUUUGGAGAUCUACAAUGAAGAAAUCUUGGAUCUUUUAUGCUCAUCUCGUGAAAAAGCCUCUCAAAUAAAUAUACGGGAAGACCCUAAAGAAGGCAUAAAGAUUGUGGGACUCACUGAGAAGACUGUUUUAGUUGCAUUGGAUACUGUUUCCUGUUUGGAGCAGGGCAACAACUGUAGGACAGUGGCCUCCACAGCUAUGAAUUCUCAGUCGUCCCGAUCUCAUGCCAUCUUUACAGUUUCCAUAGAACAAAGAAAGAAAAAUGACAAAGAUAGCAGCUUUCGCUCCAAGCUGCAUCUUGUAGACCUUGCUGGAUCAGAAAGGCAGAAGAAAACCAAGGCUGAAGGAGACCGUCUUAAAGAGGGUAUUAAUAUUAACCGAGGUCUCCUGUGCUUGGGAAAUGUAAUCAGCGCUCUUGGAGAUGAUAAAAAAGGCGGUUUUGUGCCCUACAGAGAUUCCAAGUUAACUCGACUGCUUCAGGAUUCUCUAGGAGGUAAUAGCCAUACGCUUAUGAUAGCCUGUGUGAGUCCUGCUGACUCCAAUCUAGAGGAAACAUUAAAUACCCUUCGCUAUGCUGCCAGAGCAAGAAAAAUCAAGAACAAACCUGUUGUUAAUAUUGAUCCUCAGACAGCUGAACUUAAUCAUCUGAAGCAACAGGUACAACAACUGCAGGUCUUGUUACUGCAAGCCCAUGGAGGUACCAUGCCUGGAUCUAUCAAUGUGGCACCUUCAGAGAAUCUACAGUCCCUGAUGGAGAAGAAUCAGUCUCUGGUAGAGGAGAAUGAAAAGUUAAGUCGAGGUCUGAGUGAGGCAGCUGGUCAGACAGCCCAGAUGUUGGAGAGGAUAAUUUUGACAGAGCAAGCAAAUGAAAAAAUGAAUGCCAAACUUGAAGAGCUCAGGCAACAUGCAGCCUGUAAACUGGAUCUUCAAAAGAUAGUGGAGACUUUGGAAGACCAGGAAUUAAAAGAAAAUGUAGAGAUAAUUCGUAACUUGCAGCAAGUGAUUGCCCAGCUAUCGGAUGAAACUACUGUUUGCAUGGCUGCAGUCAUUGAUACUACAGUGGAACCAGAAGCUCAAGUAGAAACCAGUCCAGAGGCCAGCAGGUCUUCUGAUGUUUUCACCACUCAGCAUGCUCUGCAUCAAGCUCAGAUGUCUAAAGAGUUGAUUGAGUUGAAUAAAGCCCUUGCACUGAAAGAAGCCCUAGCUAAGAAAAUGACUCAGAAUGACAGCCAACUACAACCCUUUCAGUUCCAGUACCAGGAUAGCAUAAAAAGUCUAGAAUUGGAAGUCAUCAAUCUUCAAAAGGAAAAGGAAGAAUUGGUGCUUGAACUUCAGACAGCAAAGAAGGAUGUCAACCAAGCCAAGUUGAGUGAACGUCGCCGCAAACGUCUCCAGGAGCUGGAGGGUCAAAUAGCUGAUCUGAAGAAGAAACUGAAUGAACAGUCCAAACUUCUGAAGCUGAAGGAAUCCACAGAGCAUACCGUCUCCAAACUGAAUCAGGAGAUACGGGCGAUGAAAAACCAGCGAGUACAGUUAAUGCGUCAGAUGAAAGAGGAUGCUGAGAAAUUUAGACAAUGGAAGCAACAAAAAGACAAAGAAGUAAUCCAGUUAAAAGAACGUGAACGUAAGAGGCAAUAUGAACUGCUCAAACUUGAAAGAAACUUCCAGAAACAGUCCAGUGUACUCAGACGGAAAACUGAGGAGGUAAGAAAAUCCAACUAAAGGUUAAAGGAUGGAAAAAAAUAUACCAAGCUAACAGCAAAAAGAAAAGAAAGAAAGAAGAAAACCAAAGAGGGAUUUAAAGAAAGAAUCAAGAAUUGGCUUGGAAACGAAAUUGAGGUUAUGGUCAGUACUGAGGAAGCCAGACGCCAUCUGAAUGACCUUCUUGAAGAUAGAAAGAUCCUUGCUCAGGAUGUGGCUCAACUAAAAGAGAAAAGGGAAUCUGGGGAGAAUCCACCUCCUAAACUUCGUAGGCGCACAUUCUCACUUGCUGAACUACAUGGUCAAGUUUCUGAGUCCGAUGAUUCCAUUACAAAGCAGAUUGAAAGCCUAGAGACUGAAAUGGAACUCAGGAGCGCUCAAAUUGCUGACCUACAGCAGAAGCUUCUCGAUGCAGAAAGUGAAGACAGGCCAAAACACCGCUGGGAGAGUAUUACUACCAUUAUGGAAGCCAAGUGUGCCCUGAAAUAUUUAACUGGAGAGCUGGUCUCCUCCAAAAUACAGGUCAGCAAACUUGAAAGCAGCCUGAAACAGAGCAAGGCCAGCUGUGCUGAUAUGCAGAAGAUGCUGUUUGAGGAGCGAAAUAACUUUGCUGAGAUGGAAACAGAGUUACAAGCUGAGCUGGUCAAAGUUGAGCAACAGCACCAAGAAAAGUGUUCCUGCAAGGGCUGGUGUGGGAACAAGCAAUGUGGGUGCAGGAAACAAAAGUCAGACUGUGGCAUGGACUGCAGCUGUGACCCUACAAAGUGUAGGAACCGUAAGCAAGACAAGAAUAGCUUGGACACUAUUGAGCGGACCCAGGACUCCGAAGGCUCCUUCAAACUAGAGGAUCCCACAGAGGUGACCCCAGGAUUGAGUUUCUUCAAUUCUGUUUGUGCCACUCCCAACAGCAAGAUCCUGAAAAAGAUGUGUGACGUGGACCCGGUACUGUUAAAGCUGACAACCCCGGCUUCCUCUUCCCAUGACCUCUCAGAAUCGAAGCCUGUAGCAGAAUCCCAAGAAAAUAAAGCCCCAGGAAAGAAAAAGAAACGAACUCUGGCCAGUAAUACCAGCUUUUUCUCUGGCUGUUCCCCUAUCGAAGAAGAGACCCACUGA